CGUCCCGGGGUGGCGGCGGCCUGGGCGGCCUCGGCGCCGCCAGCGCCGCGAUGGGUUGAGAGAGGGCCGGCGGUGGCAGCGGGGGUGUCCGCGGCUCCGGGCUGGCCGCCCCGAGGAUGGAGAGAGCCAUGGAGCAGCUCAACCGGCUGACCAGGUCCCUGCGCCGCGCCCGCACCGUGGAGCUGCCGGACGAUAAUGAAACUGCUGUCUAUACACUGAUGCCGAUGGUUAUGGCUGACCAGCACAGGUCUGUCUCAGAGCUGCUGUCAAAUUCAAAAUUUGAUGUGAAUUAUGCCUUUGGACGUGUGAAGAGAAGUUUGCUUCAUAUUGCAGCAAACUGUGGAUCAGUUGAAUGCCUUGUUCUAUUAUUAAAAAAAGGAGCAAAUCCAAACUAUCAGGACAUCUCAGGAUGUACUCCUCUCCAUUUAGCAGCAAGGAAUGGCCAGAAAAAAUGUAUGAGCAAGCUGCUGGAAUACAGUGCAGAUGUCAACAUUUGUAAUAAUGAAGGCUUGACUGCAAUUCAUUGGUUGGCUGUCAAUGGACGAACAGAAUUGCUUCAUGAUCUUGUUCAGCACGUCAGUAAUGUAGAUGUUGAAGAUGCCAUGGGACAGACAGCCCUUCAUGUAGCUUGCCAAAAUGGACACAAGACAACGGUGCAGUGCUUGCUGGACAGCGGUGCAGACAUAAACAGGCCGAACGUUUCUGGGGCAACUCCACUUUAUUUUGCUUGCAGCCAUGGUCAGAGAGACACUGCGCAAAUUCUUUUGAUGAGAGGAGCCAAAUAUUUACCAGACAAGAACGGUGUUACUCCACUGGAUCUCUGUGUACAGGGUGGUUAUGGAGAGACUUGUGAAGUCUUAAUACAGUACCAUCCUCGGCUUUUCCAGACAAUCAUUCAAAUGACACAGAAUGAAGAUCUGCGGGAAAACAUGUUACGGCAAGUUCUGGAACACUUGUCUCAGCAGAGUGAAAGCCAGUAUCUUAAAAUCUUGACAAGUCUUGCUGAAGUUGCUACAACAAAUGGUCACAAAUUGCUCAGCUUGUCAAGUAAUUAUGAAGCUCAAAUGAAGAGUCUCUUAAGGAUCGUGAGGAUAUUUUGCCAUGUCUUUCGCAUUGGCCCAUCCUCUCCCAGUAAUGGAAAUGACAUGGGCUACAAUGGAAAUAAAACUCCAAGAAGUCAGGUGUUCAAGGUCAGAAAAGUAUAUGAUGUUGUUAGGAAGAUAGACGUUAAAGAGAUGAAUUUCACAAAGCAUGCAUUCAUUAAUCAGACAUCUCAUGAACAGGAACCACUGGAACUGCUCUGGCAUUCUCUGGAUGAAUGGCUUGUUCUGAUAGCCACAGAGCUGAUGAAAAACAAAAGGGACUCUGCCAACAUUACUUCUAUUUUAUUGAAGCAAAAAGGCCCAGAUCACCAAGAUGCUACUUCUGCGCCUUCUUUUGCCACUGCAGGAGCUGAGGGAAGAAAAGAGCUGUCCACUGAUGCUGUCGAGUUAAAAACAUAUGAUGUUGCUGGGAAGCAGGAAGCUUGUGCUGAUUGUCAGGAUGUUAUCUCCAUGACAGCAAACAGGCUAAGUGCUGUCAUUCAAGCCUUCUAUAUGUGCUGCUCCUGUCAGAUGCCGCAGGGGAUGACAUCACCUCGUUUUAUAGAAUUUGUUUGUAAACAUGAUGAUGUCCUUAAGUGUUUUGUUAACCGAAAUCCCAAAAUAAUUUUUGAUCACUUUCAUUUUCUUCUGGAGUGUCCUGAACUAAUGUCCAGAUUUAUGCACAUCAUAAAAGCUCAGCCAUUUAAAGAUCGCUGUGAAUGGUUCUAUGAACAUCUGCACGCUGGGCAGCCGGAUUCAGACAUGGUGCACAGGCCUGUCAAUGAAAAUGACAUACUUUUGGUUCACAGAGAUUCUAUUUUUAGGAGUAGCUGUGAAGUUGUGUCUAAAGCAAACUGUGCAAAAUUAAAGCAGGGGAUUGCUGUGAGAUUUCAUGGAGAAGAAGGCAUGGGACAGGGUGUGGUGCGUGAAUGGUUUGAUAUCUUAUCCAGUGAAAUAGUUAACCCAGAUUAUGCCUUAUUUACCCAGUCAGCUGAUGGAACAACAUUCCAGCCAAACAGCAAUUCUUCUGUAAAUCCAGAUCAUUUGAACUACUUCCGUUUUGCAGGCCAGAUCCUGGGGCUGGCUCUGAAUCACAGGCAGCUGGUGAACAUCUACUUCACAAGGUCAUUCUACAAACAUAUUCUUGGCAUACCUGUAAAUUAUCAGGAUGUAGCAUCUAUUGAUCCAGAAUAUGCAAAGAACUUGCAGUGGAUUUUAGAUAAUGAUAUCAGUGAUCUUGGUUUAGAGCUGACAUUCUCUGUUGAGACUGAUGUGUUUGGAGCAAUGGAAGAAGUGCCAUUGAAGCCAGGGGGUGCAAGUAUACUUGUUACACAGGAAAACAAGGCUGAGUAUGUCCAGCUUGUGACAGAGCUCAGAAUGACAAGAGCCAUUCAGCCUCAGAUAAAUGCCUUUUUACAAGGCUUCCAUAUGUUCAUUCCACCAUCUUUGAUCCAACUUUUUGAUGAAUAUGAACUGGAGCUUUUGUUGUCUGGUAUGCCAGAAAUUGAUGUGAAUGACUGGUUAAAAAAUACAGAAUACACCAGUGGCUACGAGAGAGGAGACCAAGUUAUUCAGUGGUUCUGGGACGUGGUGGAAGAACUAACUCAGGAAGAGAGAGUGUUACUAUUACAGUUUGUUACUGGCAGUUCCAGGGUGCCUCAUGGUGGCUUUGCCCAUAUAAUGGGGGGCAGUGGAUUGCAAAAUUUUACUAUUGCUGCUGUGCCAUAUACUGCAAAUCUUUUACCAACAUCAAGCACAUGUAUCAACAUGCUCAAGUUACCUGAAUAUCCAAGUAAAGAAAUCCUGAAAGACAGGCUUCUUGUGGCAUUGCACUGUGGAAGCUAUGGUUACACAAUGGCAUAAUGAAGUCUAGAAAACCCAUCUGACUGUUAAUGUGCAAUUUUGAGUGGCAGAAGUAAUUUUGGAAACUGUCAAUAGAAAAGCAUCUUAGAUGCUGCAGCCCAUUGGCAGGGCUGGGUUUCAGAACAGCAUCAUCAGCUUUCCAUUAUUGUGUUGUCAAGGUAGCUCUGACCCAUCAUAACAAACUUCUCAGUAUGCUGUAUUUUCAUUUUUUAAAAUUACAGAUCUGUAUGGAAAUCAGUUCACAUGCUUUUCACUAUUACUUCAAUCUGAGAAAGUUUGUCAGAAUCUCUUUCCACAGUUUACAUUUGAUUUCCAACUAUGUGGUUAAAUGACAUUUGCAUUGCAGUUUACUUUGCACUCAGAUGGAAUACUGCAAAUGAAAAGAGCUGUACUUUAUGCCUUGUUGCAUGUGAAAGUGCCAUUUAUUUUUGCAGACCACUACAGAAAGUUCAAUUGGAAUAUUGUACAGUAAGACAGAGCUGAUGUAUUUUCCGUUUCUUUGCAUAGCAACAGAAAGAAAAUUUUAUAACUUUUUAGUAUUCUAAUGUAUAUAAUAUGUAAAGAUUAGACUGUUAUGACUGGAAAAAACAACAGAUUGAGUUUAUCUAGUUUAUAUUAGAAUUUACACUAUAUUCUACUAAAUAUUUAAAGUAUUUGUGACUUUAUAGUCAACUUUCAGUUUAGAAUUUGUAAAUACUGUUUAAGAUCUAUAUCCAUUGUUUGAAUGCCUUUACUCUUUCCUUGAUAUAAUUGUAUGUUCAAAAGCUAUUAAUUAAAUUUUAAUAUUUUAACCAGAAUCGGAAUGUGACAAAUUUGUGUGUCUCUGUGGGCAGAUUGUUCUUUUUUCUACCAGGAUUUUAUUAAUCUUUCUAUAAUUUAAAUUGUCAUGGAACCAGUAUUUGAGAAGUCAUUGUCAAAGUGUAUGGAUAGACAUAAAAAAAUGCACAAGGAAGUAAACUGAGCUUAUGAGGUUAACUGACAAAACUGUGAUAGUUAGAAUCUCAUGUCAAAAAUUUAUAUAGAAUUAUUUAUUUUUUUUCAGAUUUUAUUUAUUUUAAUCUAAAGCAUACAUCAUCUCUCUGGGGGAGUGAGAGGGAAAUCCAUGGACCAUCUUGCCACACUAAUUUUCCUCUGGACUAAGCUUUAUACAUGAACUUACUAGCUUCAUUUCCUUUUUGGUGCCAUUUGUGCAUAUGUUGUAUAAAUGUUGAUUUAAAUUCUGAGACAGAGUCUGUAGCUGCCACAUGAGGAGAAUACCAGUUUUAAGUACUGGAAAGAGCAGACACUUUCAGCAGAACAGUCCAGGGAAAGCUGCUUGGCUGUUGCUUUCAGGAAAGGGAAUGAAAUCUUGAAAUCAGACAACAAAGUCUUAACAAAUGCUCUGGAAAGGAGAUAUGACCAAAAAAAGUGCAAUUGAAAGAAAACCAGAAAAUUUGGAAAUGGAAUGACUACAACCAAAUGGACCGAGAUGAAAUGAGGGGCAGUGAAAAGGACCAGAACUUGCCAAAGUUACUCCAAUUAAAAUCCUGAAAUCAGGGAAGAAAGGUAAACAAACAGAAAGUAGAAGAAACUAAAGAAAUGAAAUGUUAAGGAAAAAAAAGGAAAAAAAAUCCAAAACCAAGUGAAAGCAAUAAAAGUGAAUGGGAUGACAAGAAGUGCAGGGAAAUGGACCAAAGCUUGCCCAAUUAAUCCUCAUUGAAAUCACAAGAUUUCAUUCCCUUUCCUGAAAGGAAAUGGGGAGGCACUGUUCUUCUCUGGCAUGCUUGAGGAAGCUUAGGCUAUUUGAAUAGGUUAGAUGUUUGAGGAUGUGUGAUGUUUCAACAUUUAAUCCCAGUUACUUUGGAUCCUUCAGUUUAGGAAAAGUACUUGGCUUUCUUGAACAGCUGGGCUGUGCUUGGUUCCCUGGUUCUGUAGCUUAUUUUAUUAUGUGCUUCUGCAAGGUACAUUGAUAGAGGACAGUGUUUUGAGCAGUACGAGAUAUUUGUCAGGCAUUGGGUAUUUGUUUUCUUUAUGUAAACUGGGAUUUUUUUUUCUUUAUCUAAGGUUUUACUGUAAAUAAUGUUCAUUAACCGCUAUGCAAUCUGUGCUUUUUUUUCCCCUUUCACAUGUUUUAUUUACAGUAAUAUACAACAGUUUCCAGGAAGCUAAAACAUUGCAUGCUCCUGCAGUGUUCAAAAUAAGUCAUACUGCAAGGCUGAAUGAAGACAAAAAAGAAAUUUUUUUUUCCACUUCUGUGUUAUACUGUAGGUGACAACAAGCUGAGUUUGGUCUCAAACAGUUCACCUAAUAUGCUUGGCAGCUGGCUUUGAAAUGUAAGGGAGAGCAGAAUUUUAAUGUUCUCAACAGUUUCCUAUGACACAUCUCCCUGUUACAGCCUCACAAUGGUAUAGCAAAUUAUUCUUGUUGCUUCUGUGCCCUGUGUUAGUCACGUCCCUUAUGAUGUAUGUUGUAGGAUUUCUUGUAAUGUUUGCACUACUUACCCCCCUAAGAGACUAGAAUGAAAUUCCUCUAAAAUCCUCCUGUAAUAAGAAAGCAUGAUGUAAAUAUGUAGAUAAUGGGAAGAGAGCUGUUGAUGCUGGACUCUUGGUAUAACAUCAACCUUGUUAUUGCUUGUUUUGAACAGGGUUUUUUUCUGCUGAAACUGAACAGUGCUGUUGACUGCAGCUGACCAUGCGAAGUUAGCAGGAUUUAAUUACUCCAUUCAAAGACUGUUUUUUAGGACACCUGUGCCCUAUUAGCAACAGGGUAUGAAAAGCCUGUUGAGAAACUAUAACUUAAUAUAGCUUAUAGUUUAGAAUGGUUAAUUGGUUUAUAUUUGUUCUCUCCCACUGUGCCAGAACAAGGCAGGGUGAGUAUUUUAUCUUGGAAAGAACAGAGCAGAUGUCUUGUCAGAUCAUAGAUCAUGAGUGCUCAUUAGCUUUUAUUAUCUUUAUGAAAUGUUAGAUAGCAAAGCCUAGUUUUUGAUGCUUGAAAAUGUAUCGUGCAUCUAAUGUGGCAAAACCAUUAAAACCAUAAACUGUGAAAUGCAGCUUAAUGACUUCUACUGUAUGUUCCAUAGUCAAAUAAGAUGGAAAAUGGAAUGAGAAGAAGAUGGUGAUUGGCUUGGAUUUUCCAGAUACUUGGAGACUUUCACAUGCACAGUAGAAAAAACUUUAGGAUCACCUGUGCUUCAGAAAUUACAGGCAAGUCAGUAGUUUGUGCAGCUAUUAUUACUGAGAAUUUUUAGCAUGUAUGUAGAAGAGCAUUUGUCUAGUUAAGAAGUAAAAUCAGCGAACUACUAAACUGAUGCUAAGAACCAAAGCUUUAAAUCAACUAGAUUAAACCUCCUCAGGGAUUCUUGAGUUGUAAAGAUAAGUAAUUUUCAAGUCAGAACAUCUGUUUUUAUCCAGACUUGCUGUAGACUAGAGACACGAUAGACAAGAGACUGUGAUACAUGUUUUAUAGACACACUUGUGAAUUCAACAACAUUUUACACUCUAAGGACUCUAACAGAGUUAAUGUACUUCUGUAGGGCUAGCUGCUGUUCAGAAGCAGUAGGAAUCACACCACAUAAAGAAACCUAGUGUAAGGUUACUGACUUAGUCUUAGGUUAAUUACUGGCUAGUUUCAUUUGAAAAUAGUUCUGUGCAGUUAGGUAGAUUGAAACAUUUCUGAUUAUGUGUGUAAAGCAGUAUUUCUAGUUUCAGCUUUAAAAAUCUGCAUGUAAUUCAAACUAAUAGAAUACUUUAAUAAAAAUGGAAUUAAGAUAGACUGCUGGCAUUAUUGCAUGUCUUUCCAUAAAUGGUAUAUAAUUUAAUUGGAGAACAUUGUUUUUAAAUGCUCAUUUAAUAUGUUUGGAAUGCAACACAAUUAGGCUGCAACACCACUAAGAAGGGCUUCAGUCCACUGAAAUAUUUCCUCUGAAAUCAAUGUCAUUUGUGUGGUAAUCAUUUGUGUGUUAAAAAGUCUCUCAUCAGAAACACUUUGGUCUCCUUAUUUUAUUAACUACUUUAUAUUGAUAGAUUUUCUCUCAUAUCAGAGCCCUCCCAUAUUUUUUCCUGAUCUUUUUCUCUGAAUAUAGCAUAUAACCUUUGGUAGGAAUAGCAAAUAACAUCCCUAAAUUUGUGUCAGGUUUUUCCCAUGGGAAAUUGUAUUAAAAAAAGAAAAUAAGCUAAUAUGAUUGGAAACUGGUUAAUGCCAAAAAAGCAGAAGUUGAUCAGGAGUACAAACACUAUGAAGGGAAGUGUCCCUGAGCUCACUGUUUGCAGCUGCAUAUACUUGCUGCAUUAAGUGUUUGUGACAUUCUGUGCCAAGAGUUCAACUAUUCAGUUUCAUACAACGCCAAGUGAUUCAUUGGGAUUAUUAGGAUACUCCUGGGAUAGCUUCGCCAUACUGAUUGCCUCUGACAUACCAGUUUGCUUAGAUUAAAAAGCAAUUGUUGCUGUCUAGUCAAAUUUAUAACCCCUGGUAAAAGGAAACUGAACCCUAGUGCUGUCCAGUAUAUAAAAACACCUUCAGUCUACAAAUUACAUGGAUUGGAAAGAAAACUGAAUGCUGGAAGAAUGAUACUAGUUAACAUGCAUAGGGCAAGGAUUUCACAGGUAUCUAAUAGACAGCUUUUCUGUGCUGGUAAGUUUAUUCUGAUGUAUUUAGCUCAAUGUAUAAGCACUAUUUUAGAUUAAUUAUUUUAAUUGCUGUCUUUAUUUCUACAAAGUGAUGCAGCUAUUGAUUGGUAUUUGGGUGCCCGUGGAUGUUACGACAGCAUGGCUUUUCGGUGUAUGUCAGCUAAAAAUGGGAUUGCACUAUGGGGAAUCUAAAUUUUGUGUUAGAUUAGGUCUGGAGAGGUGGCCUGGAGACAACUACUGUGCUUUACCCCUGAUUUGUGGAACAUUUUAGGGAUGCUCUUAGGUGUAGGACCAUAAGCAAGAAAAAAGAGGAAAUUAAUGGUAGAGUUUCACUUCUGAAAGUGGAGAGUAUCUUCAGGAAAGAGGUGAGUCGUGUCCUGAGUAUAAAUGUGGAAUAACAGGGGUGUUUUGAGAACAGAUAUGUCAUUCAGCUGGCAGAUGGGAAAAGUGCCUGGGCCUUGUAGAAAUAUGAUCCUUUUUUCUUCCCUACCUGGUCCGAAGGAUGCAGUCUGCUGCCACUGAGAUUGGGAAGACUGGUUGGGCUCAGCCAGGAGGGUUGCUGAAGCAUGGUGGAUUUUCUUUAUGUUUGAUGCUCGCUGAGAAUGAGCUGACUGCUGACUUGUCAUUUUGGUAUAUCCCCGCCCCCCAAUGCCUUAAGGUAGAUUUUUUUGGCAGUGUUUGCUAAAGCGAGUUAAGGUUCUGCUGAAAGGGUGCCACUUCAAAGUUUAUGUGAGAACGGACUCCCUUCUGUGCAGGUGAGAUGCUCCCCAUUAAGCACAGUGGUAUGAAUAACUGCUGAAAUGUGUCUCCAGUUUAGGAAAAUUCUAAAUGUGAACUCCAUGGGCAGGAUAUGUUAAUAGUCAUGUCUGUGCUUUUGGUCAUUAGCACCUUGACAUCAUUUUGAAAUGCUUUAUUUAUGUUGUGUGUUUUUUUUGGAAAUAGUCUCUGUGUAUCUUUGUUUAGCUUGUGGUUCUUUGUGGAAAUGUUUUUAUUUUAGCGUAUUUAGAAUCUCCAUCUUCAGUAUUGACUGGAUUCUGGCAAUUUAAGAACUGUCUUAGACCAGGCAAAUGUAUUUUCAGUCUUCAUCUCCAUCUCUCUGUGAGCCUUUCAGGAACCCCGGCCAGCCCCGGGCCUGCACACAGUGUGAGGGGGAGCCCCGAAGCCGUCGACAGCAGGGGGGGUACACUCUCUUGUGCCCCGAGGGUACUGAUGGCAGCUAGGCUAGUUGCCUUUGCAGCAGAAGAGAUGCUGGAGACAUUGGUGGAGGAUAAAAAGGCCGACUCUCUGCAAGGGGCCAAACCAAGGUUUAUUUGGAGCUCCUGGGGGGCCCCACACCUCAGUGGUGCCUCUUGCUCAGAGCCUGCAGGAGAGAUGCCAAGGUUACAUUUAAAGGGAGGGAGGGAGGAAACCGAAGGUAGAUACAUUUGCUGACCAGUAAAGAACCUUCAGGGAUGAGAACUUAGGGAAUGGACAUUUGGGAUAACAUAUAGGAUAAUACUUGGGUGGGCUGACGGGCUGACCCCUGGCCUCCGACUGAUCACUUGACGACUUGGACUGAAAGUUCUAGAUAGAGAGGAUGGGAUGCUGAGUGAUUGACAGAGAGCCAGGGUGGGGAUUUGGGGAUGAUCUCAACAAAGGAGAAUGACUACACCGGUAGAGGGAGGGGGUACAUUUUAGGGUAAACUACUUGGAAAAAAUAAGAGGAUAUAAAACCAAAACUAUUACAAAGUAUAAAAGCACACUACAACAAGUCUUUCCUAUUCAUUAGAGUUUCUGUGUAUUUUGUGACAAUCUCCUGUGUUUUCACUGGUGACGCUACCAGAGGAAUGGACUGAAAUGAUAGAAAUGUAUGAGUGAACAACUGUGAUAAACUUUAAAGCUAUGCUUUCUAUAAAGUGCAUUAAUACUUCAGUUUAAACUGUCUGAAAGUCCAGCAGUGUGUAAUUACAGCUCAUAGCAAUGUGUACUCUGUGUGUGUGUGUAAAUAACUGAAGAAAAGGUUUUUCUUACUGUCUUUUACAGAAAAAAAAAUAAAGAAGAAAAGACCUUUGACCGUGUCUUGCCCUACUGGCCUGUAGGUUUUUCUUCUGCUUGUCUCUCUGUCUUGUUUCCAGUACCAAGCUUCUCAGUUACUCAGUCUUGACUGGUUUGAUGUGAGUUCACCAGGGGCUUUUGCUCUGUCAUGGAUCUUUGUUGUUAACAGACAGCAGAGUUCAAUGGACAGACAGAUGACAGGGAGACCGCUGCGGCUCAUGUUUGGUGUCUGCAGCUGGCACUGACCCCCUUUGUAACCUCGGUGAACCCCUUCGUGCCUCUGCACGUAGGCUGUGCUAUUGCAGUUAGACUGUAAACUUCUGAGGGAUGGGGACAUCCUCUGUGUGUCUGUGUGACGCCGUGCAGAGCAGAUGAGUUUGGCAGGGAUAUGUGGAACUAUCCAGACGUAGUGUCUGUGGUUUUACCUAGGGUUUAGUUCUGUUCCUUAGGGACUGUCCUUGAGUGGGGUCUUAGGAGUGUUCUUGCUUUUCUGUCUCACCCAUCCUGCUGAGCCCUUCUGGCAGCUGGAGCAAACUGGAGCACAUGGCUGUCAUAAACUUGUGCUUAGGAAACCUCGGUAUCUUGAAAAUGCUGUUCAGUGUUCACCAGUCACAAAUUUUGAAAAUGGUAAGGAAAAUGAAAACUCUCUCCAAGGCUUGCUUCUGCUUCAGUGUCUCAUCCUCCCCUGUCACCAUGACUGUAUGCUUGGUGAAUUGUGAGGGAAUACGCUCAUUCCUGUGGUCUGUCUGGAAA